UACAUAUCCCAUAAUCCUCUUGCCAAUGAUGCGUCAGGAAACCGGAUGAAGUUUCUCCUUGUUUCUAGAAGGGAGCUGUGUACUGUGAGGAGUUGUCUUUAGGUAGAAUCGAUGGAUGAUGAGUGUGAGACGUUGGCCGCCAUGGCCGAUUCUUUGAAGGUCUCGGGCACAGGAGGACAUCCAGAUGGUCAGAGCUCUAGAAAGCAGGAUGAGGACUGUUUUUAUGACUGUGUGGAGACGUUUCAUGCAGAGACGACGUCACUGGCUUUAAAUCAAACAGAGAUGACACACAGUGAAGGGACAGUGAAUGAAUUACAGACAGAAUCCAUGAGUAAUCUUGACAUGGGUCAAGAAUCUGCACAGGCUUCUAAUCUGUUUGAAGGAAAUGCUGCUACGAAGAGACAUGAGCCACUGGAGAACGAUGCAGUGCCGGGAGAGGAAGAUGAAAGGACAACAGACAGCGACUCAGAUUUCAAGGAAGAGGCAACAAAUCCUAGUGAGUACGAUGACGAGUAUUUACAAGAAAUGGAGAAAAACCUGACAGACGAGGAGAAAGAGAGCAGAAAAGUGGAGAGCAAGGCGCUGAAAGAAACGGGCAACGCGCACUUUAAGAACCGUGAAUACGUAGAGGCUCAGAAAUCAUACACCGAUGCCCUGGCAGUGUGUCCUGUGUGUUACAGAAAGGAGAGAUCUAUCCUCUUCUCUAACCGAGCAGCAGCACGGAUACACCUGGAAGAGAAAACAGACGCCAUCAGUGACUGCACUAAAGCUAUAGAGCUGGACCCAGACUAUGUGCGUGCCAUUCUCCGGAGAGCAGAGCUGUACGAGCAGACAGAGAAGCUGGAUGAAGCUCUGGAGGGCUACAAGACUGUGCUGGAGAAAGACCCAGGCAACGCGGCAGCAAGAGAAGCCUGCAAUAGAUUACCACGACAGAUCGAGGAACGAAAUGAGAAACUGAAACAAGAGAUGCUGGGUAAACUUAAGGAUUUGGGCAACAUGAUUUUGCGUCCUUUCGGACUCUCCACUGCCAACUUCCAGGUCAAUCAGGAUGACAACACAGGAUCCUACUCUGUUAACUUCGUUCAGAAUCCCAGCAACAACAACAGAUAGCAGCUCGGAUCUUCUGCUACAGCACAGCAGCAGCUACCAGACUAAUUCUGCAGCCCACCAACAUGUUCACCAGUAUUUUAUGGUGUAACGCUAUAAAUUUUGCUUAACUUAUAAGUAAAGAUUAAUGUGGACGAUCA